AUGUCGGCCCCAGGCACACCCUCAGACCACAAGAAACGGAUCACCGCACGCUGCUCUUCCUUCGUGCAGAUCACAAGAGGGGCAGCCAUUUCUCCUGGCACCGCAGUUCCCAACCGACUCCUGGGUGCCUGGAAACGAGAGGGGUUUCCAUCACUGAGACUGAAGACAUCUCCCCAAGCAGCAGACACCCAUCUGGAGAUGAAACCACUUCCCAAUGACUCGGGGGCCGUCACGUUGCCUGGUCCUUCUGCCCGGGGAGAGCAGGACUGGGAGAAGAUUCUGGCUUCAAAGAACAGGGACCAUACGGAGACCAUGAAGAAAGUGACCCAGACACAGAAGGCAGAAGGUUUGUCUUCUAAGAAGACUGAUUGGCCCCAAGCAAAGAAGAGGAAGCCUCAAAUCCUGGCACCAGUGACAUUCGAGGACGUCACUGUGGUCUUCACGGAGGCAGAAUGGGUGACACUGAGCAUGGAGCAGAAGAACUUGUACAAGGAAGUGACGCUGGAGACGUACAGGAACCUGCUCUCGUUGGCAGAACCAAUGCCAGAAACCUACCCUGGUCCCUCCUGCCUUCUGCCCUUCUCCUGUCAGCAAUUCCUCAGCCAACACGUGCUGCAGAUCUUCCCAGGCGUGUGUGCAGAACAUCCCUUCCAUCCAGAGGGGUCCAGCCCAGAGCAGUGGGAUUCCCAUCAGAGCUGUCGCAGGAAGAACACAGAUGUCUCCAGACCCUUGUGUUGGAGGACAGGGGACAGAGAGACUUCAAGGAUGUCCUCCAGCCCAGCCCGAAGACAGUCAGCAAGCCCUAGAGAUGGCCACCCAGGGGCAGGAAUAGAGCACAGCUCAGCCCAGAGGGUGAACUCUGUGGAAGCAGACCGAGGGCUGAAGGAAUCAGGAAGCUCAAGAUUCAGAGCAGUCAGCUCUGGAGAGAAUGGACCAGACUGUGGCCUGAAGUCAAACUUUAUCACAAACCAGAGGCCCCUCCUCCGGGAGAAGUCCCAUGUGUGCAUGGAGUGUGGGCGAGGCUUUAGCCAAAAGUCCAAUCUCAUCACUCACCAGAGGACACACUCAGGGGAGAAACCUUACCUGUGUCUGGAGUGUGGGAGGAGCUUCAGCCAGAAGGCUGGCCUUCUUCUCCACCAGGUGACACACUCAGGGAAAAAGCCACAUGUGUGCACAGAGUGUGGCCGAGGCUUUAGCCAAAAGUCAAAUCUCAUCACACACCAGAGGACACACUCAGGGGAGAAACCUUACCUGUGUCUGGAGUGCGGGCGAGGAUUUCGCCAGAAGGCUGGCCUCAUUGUUCACCAGGGGACACACUCGGGGGAGAGGCCACAUGUGUGCAAGGAGUGUGGCCGAGGCUUUAGCCACAAGUCAACUCUCAUCACUCACCAGAGGACACACUCAGGGGAGAAACCUUAUGUGUGCAAGGAGUGUGGGCGGGGCUUUACCCGGAAGUCAAGUCUCCUUAUGCAUCAAGAAAUACACUCAAGAGAGAAGCCGUAUGUUUGCAAUGAGUGUGACCAAGGCUUUAACCGGAAAUCACAUCUCCUUAUGCACCAGAGGACACACUCAGAGGAGACACACCCAUACGAGGGGGCUUCAAAAAAAGACAAUGUUUGCUUAAAACCCAGCUUUCCAGCCCGGAGGGAGCAGCCGCGAUGUCCCAGCGACCGGAAGUCCCUUCUUAUUUGGAGGCUUGUGUCGGAAGUCGAGAGAAGUCCGCCGCUGAGGCAUCACCGGCGUGAGGUCCCCGAAGAAUUCGGCUGA